AUAUGCAAAGACCUCCAUGUAGUGUGUACUUAUGUGUGACGUCACGCCUACUUUCUAUUUCUAGAUGUCCUGCUUUGAAGGAGAAUGAAGGUCAAUUUUUGUCCCCAGUGUGGAGAGAAAGUAGACGAUGCAUUUAAGUUUUGCCCAAAUUGUGGUUUAAAAUUACCCAUUGAUGAAACAAAUGAUGAACCUUCAAUGCCCAGCAAGUUACCACCAUCACCAGUUAAGAGAUCGCCUGUAAAAAGACUUUCCAGUGCCAGUGCAACACCAAAUGAAGGUAGUUGUGCAAAAAGAAGGACCAUGGAAAAACAAGAGACGGACACAAGGUCUCCCAGCAACCGUCAAGGAAGCCCCAAAGGCAAAGGAAUUAAACACGUCAAGAUAGAGCCAAUACCAGAGAAUGAGAUUCUGACUGACAACAACAACACAAAUUGGGUCUUAGGCACUCUCUUUACAAAUGGUGACAAUGGAGUCCUGUAUGAAGCUUACCGAACUUCGGCAACUCCCAAGAAACAGCAUUUCCUUCUGAAACUGGAUGCAAAAGAUGGGAAAAUAUACAACGAACAAGUCUUUUUACAACGGGCAGCAAAGAAAACAACAGUUGAUAAAUGGAAGAAGUCACAUGCGUAUUCAUUUCUGGGAAUACCUACCUGCAUCGCCUUUGGAUUGCAUAAAUACAAGCAACAGGACUACAGGUUUUUGGUGUUUCCUGCACUAGGAAAGAGCUUUCAGACCAUCAUUAACGAAAAGAAGGUUUUGUUAGAGAAAACCAUUUUUCAGAUUGUGUACAGAAUGGUAGAUGUUUUGGAAUACAUCCAUGCAAAUGAGUAUGUCCAUGGUAAUAUUACAGCCGAAAAUAUCUUUGUGAAUUUUGAUGAUUUUAAAGAGGUCUAUCUUGCAGAUUACUAUUUUGCCUUCCGAUACUGCCCUGCCGGAAAACAUGUUAAAUACCAAGAUGGCAGCAAAACACCCCAUGUGGGUUCUACUGAAUUUAUUAGCAUGGAUGUCCAUAAAGGAGCUGCACCAUCCCGUCGCAGUGACAUGGAGUCACUGGGAUACUGUAUGUUAAAAUGGCUAUGUGGAUCUUUACCGUGGACUGGAAUAACUAAGGCUAGUGACAUAAUGGAAGAGAAAGACAAGUUUAAAAAUGAUAUACAAGUUACUCUUAAACAGUGCUUCAAAAAGAAGAGGGUUCCAGGAGAAUUGGAAAUUUACCUAGACCAUGUUAUGUGUCUGAAUUAUGAAGAGGCUCCUGACUAUGACAAGCUUCGUAAUACCCUAUCUGCUGCUCUGGGCAAGACAGAUCCUUACGAUGCAGUAGCUGUAUAGACCAGAUCUCAUCAACAUUUGACUUAAAUUUGAAUCUUUAUUUUGUCUGAAGAAGAUUUAAUGGAUAACAUAAAUCAUACUGUGAACUGAUGUUACUACUGCAGUUUUUUUUACUGAAUAUGUAAUGUUUUUACUGGUUUUUAAUCUGUUGUAUUUGUUUUAAAUUCAUUUAAUUAUAGCACUGGAGUUUUGAGCAGUCUCCUCAGCCGCCUAACAUCUUAAACCUAAAUUGCAGUAUCACAUCGGUGUCUGAUACUGCAAAAUAAUCCCCAUGUAAUUAUUGAAAGGUUCAGUUCAAAUCACAAUAUUAUAAUUACCUUUCUGUCUGUAUACAUAAAGCAUGAAGAUUAUUUGUCCUGAGUGACUUAUACCCACUAGCUUUCUACUGGCUGUGAUAAUAUGAAACAUUACUGACUACUGAAAGCAGCUGCAGUGUAAUGAAAGCGUUGUUAUAGAGGUAGAGUAUAAAAUCGUCCAAUUCAAAUACCUUUUAAUCCUUAUUUGGACACAUUUAUUCACCUGGGGUGAACCUGUGAACCUGUGGAGUCUCAUUUAUUGAAUAAGACUCCACAGGUAAAUCCUGGACUGAUCGACCUAUCCGGAUAUGGAUUAAUUAGAAGAAUAGUCAAAAAG